AUGGCUCCAAUACGAAGAUUGUGGAUGGGGAUCGUUUAUUUCUUCGACUUCCUGACAAAUUCUCCAAGCCAGCUUUAUCCUUCAGAGAACACUCCGGAUCUUCAAAUUCCAGUGCAGCCGGUUCAGCCCAUCCAGCCGCAGGCCACCAAAUACCCAAUCUUCAAUCCACCAGAUGAACUUGAAGAUGAACCUUUUCGAUGUGAAUACCCCGACUAUCCCGAGAAGGACGGCUGGAGAGCCUGCAACACCAAGACAGACAGGCAAUGUUGGCUCCAAAAUAUCAAGACUGGCCAAAAGUUCGACAUCCAUACGGAUUACGAGAACAAUGGCCCCAAAGGUAUCGUGAGACACUACUAUCUGGAGCUGGCGGAAUCUACUCGCAACCCUGAUGGCUUUGGAAAUCUACCGGUGCAGCUGUUCAAUGACAGCUUCCCUGGUCCUCGAAUCCAAGCUUGCUGGGGUGAUCAAGUGCAUAUCACAAUCAACAACACGUUGGUGGGCAAAACUCCGGAUGAAGGAAAUGGUACCACAGUCCAUUGGCAUGGGUUCAGACAAUUGCAUACCGGCUAUAUGGAUGGCGUCAAUGCAGUCACACAGUGUCCGAUUGCUCCGAAUACCAGCUUCACAUACAUUUUCAACAUCACCCAAUAUGGAACUUCGUGGUAUCACAGUCACUAUUCCUUGCAGUAUGCCGCUGGUGCUCUAGGACCCCUGACCGUCUAUGGUCCAAUGUCCAAAAAUUUCGACCAUCAGUUGUAUCCCGUCAUAAUGAGCGACUGGCUCCACAAAAGUGUGUACCAGAAGUGGGAUAACUCCAUCCAGGGAAAAGGGUCACAGAUAUUUAUUGACAACAUUCUGCAAAACGGCAUUGGUCAGUCGAUACCCAACCUCUUAGGUCACUGGCCGCCUCAAAUUGACAUUGCCAAAAAGCCCAAGUUCAACGAGGUAUUCUUCCAGAAGGGUGUGAAGUACCUGAUGAGGCUCAUCAACGGUGCCGCGGACACGACGUUCGUAUUUUCCAUCGACGACCACAAGUUCUGGGUGGUCUCCACCGACUUUGUGGCGAUUGAGCCAUAUUAUACCGAUCACGUCGUGGUAGGGAUAGGGCAGCGAUACAACAUCAUCGUCGAUGCCAACCCGGAGAGAUACACCAGGGACCACAGCUACUGGAUCCGUACCAUUCCCGCGAAGAACUGCAGUUCUUUGGCCCCGGGGGCUCCCGUGCCUGACAAUCGCACUGGUAUUGUUCGAUAUACUCUCAGUGACGAGCUGCCGAGCACUCAGAUGGGAAAUUUUAAACCAAACUGUUCGGACGAGACGUACUGGCGGAACAUCACUCCAAUUGUCCCUUGGGAGGUCAGCACUUCCAGAAAAUACGUGGAUCCGCUGUAUCUUACUAUCGAGGAGAUGCAGGGCUUCCCAUACUGGCCAUGUAACCAGACGGUCUUCCGAUUCGAUCUGGUACCCAAACACCCAAUGUGGCUCAACUUCAGCGAACCAACACUCUUCAACCUUGACCAAAACUUCAGCAAGAAAGGGUGGCUGGCCGUGGUGGACACCCAGGACACCCCGGCAGAAGACUGGGUGCAACUGACCAUCAUCUCCGGGCCCAAAAAGGGCGGAGCACCACUCCUCCCACACCCGGUGCCCAAGGUGCCCGGCGCCUUCAUCCCGGGCUUCCACCCGAUCCACCUGCACGGGCACGACUUUGCGGUGCUGGACCAGUGCGUCCCCACCGACAACUCGGAGGAGUGCGACGUCUCCAACGCCAACCUGACCCUGCACAACCCGCCGCGGCGCGACGUCGCCUUCCUGCCCGACGGCGGCUACCUGAUCAUCGCCUUCCGCGCCGACAACCCGGGCGUCUGGAUCAUGCACUGCCACAUCGCCUUCCACGCCUCGUCCGGUCUGGCCGUCCAGAUCGUCGAGAACGGCCACAAGAUCGACUUCCCGCCCUUCGUCGAGGAAGAAUUCGCAGACAUGUGUCGGAGAUGGGACGACUGGAACCCGCGCAUCCACGACUCUUCGGAUCCGUGUGGCUACCUGGAUCCGGAUGAGGAGCCUCUCCAGACUGACUCUGGCAUCUAG